AUGAAAAAUUACCGAACGGAAUCAAUCGUUCCAGCCAUUUUAUUUAUAUCCGCGUAUCCGACCGGUUUGUAUCCCGUAUUAAAAAUGAAAAAUUUUCAAAAGGGCGCGACGGGGAAAAUCGUGACGUCAGAUUUUAUUAUUUCCGGUUGUUUUAAAUCGAAUUUAAAAAUGUCCGUCGGAGAGUGUUUAUUUUCCAAAUUGAAAUCACACAACAAUCAGGGAGACAGAGAAGCAGAAACGAAUAAAAUCAUAACCGUUCGGGAUUUUUUACGAUUGAGCAUACGAAUCGGGAAAAAAUUUAAGGGAAUGGGUUUAACUCGGGAAAACGUCGUCUGCUUCAUUGGAAAAUCCGAUAUCAACAUGUACGCGGCAGUCACGGGAGCUUUUUUUGUCGGAGCGACCGUUUUACCAUUGGACUACAACCUCUCGUCAGAUAUUUUUAACGGGAUAAUACGACAGACGCAACCGAAAAUUGUUUUUUUCGACUCCGAUACUCCCGAAGGAAUAAUAUCCAACCUCGUCGAACUCGUGGUUCCUCCCAAAAUGGUGUCCCUCGAUUCUUCGCCAUCUUUUUUUAAUUUUUCCAUCGACGAUUUUAAUAAAUUCACACAAGUGGAUGAUGAUGACGACGGCGAUGACGAUGACGACGAAUUCAAACCUGUUUCAUUUUACAAUCCCGAAGAAUCGGUCGCCAUUUUGAUUUGUUCGAGCGGAACAUUCGGCAAUCCCAAAACUGUCAUGUUAACCCAUACAAACAUGACGUAUCAAAUAACGGUCUGGUGCGUGACGUCACAAUUCAACAAGUUACUCCUUUGUCCCGCCGUGGGAUUUUCAUUUUUUUUCUGGAUAUCCGGAAUACUUUCCUAUUUGAGUUGUUUGUGUUUAAAUUACGAAAUGAUCAUUUUACGUGACGUUCAACCCGACGCAGUUCUUCGUGUCAUACAAAAUUUCAAGCCCAGCUGGGGUAUAUUUUCACCAUCUUUGUUAAAACAUAUAACGACUCAUCCGAAUUUUAAAAAUUACGACGUGUCAUCCAUGGCAUACAUCGCCACGGGUGGAAGUUCGCUACAAAAGGAAAUAGCACUUUCUUUAAAGGAAUUUUGGGGACCGCAAAUUAUUUGUCACCAAUCGUACGGCAUGACGGAAUUAUCGGGAACGAUAACCUAUUGUCAACCCGAUGACGACAUUCUUUCCGUCGGAAGACUUUUUCCGGGAGUUCAAAUGAAGGUCGUGAGCGUGAACGAUAAAACCCUUCUCGGAGCCAAUCAAGAGGGUGUCAUUUAUUUAAAAUCACCCUCGGUCAUGAAGGGAUAUUUGGGAAAUGAAAAAGCGACUGAGGAAGUUUUCAUCGACGGAUGGUAUUGUACCGGUGACGUAGGUUAUUACGAUAUAAAUAAAGUCAUUUACGUAACGGGUCGUUUAAAAGAAUUCAUCAAAUACCGGAACCGGAUGAUCAAUCCUAUUAAAUUAGAAAAUAAAAUUUUAACUCUGCCUCAAAUAGACGAUGUCGGUCUUGUGAAAAUCAAAGGAAAUGAUGAUGACGAUGAUGAUCAGGAUGGUUCGAUAAUGGCUUUGGUAGUUUUAAGAAAAAACGAUGUACGAUUAAACGAAAAAGAAAUUCAUAAACUUAUCGAAGAAAAAUUACCGGAUUAUUUAAAACUGCGACAAGGAGUUCGAUUUAUCGACAAAAUUCCCAGAACAAGCAGUGGGAAAAUGCUGAGAAAAGAAUUACUCAAAAUAGCUAACACGUUUUUAGUGACAAAAUAA